GCAUAUAAUUUUAUGUACAGCCGCACAAGUAUUUAAAGGGCGCAUGUUUUUGCGCAAAUAUUUCACUCUUGUGCAUUCGUAAUGUUCACCACAUCAUAUUAACUAACAAUAAGAUUAUUCUAAACAUUCCGAGCACUUCCUCCAUAUACAGUAGUUAUCUUUUCCGUCGCGACAACGAUGGCGAGCGGCUGCUCAGCGUUUCAGAAAUUUCUGUACUUAUCCGGGCAGAAGUUCUCCGAUAACCGCGCAUACCAAUGGGAUAUCGCGGCGUCUAGCCCGGAGCAGUUGGCCAUGUCGGAUACAGAUCGGUUAGGUGUGCGGAUGCGGGUUGGGAUUAAUUUAGGCAUGAUGAUGCUGUUCGCUUUAUGCGCGGUAGUGCAGUUCAACGAUCCGGAUCCAUACAUCUGGGUGCCCAUCUAUGGAUUCCCGUGCCUGUUGUGCUUCCAAGAAAUGGUUUCACCCAGAAUUCUCGAAACGGUGUGCGGAUUUCUUUUACGAUCCAUGCAUCUGCUGUUCUGCCUGGGUGUUCUCGGUUAUGUAAUCGGAGAAUUUGUGGAGCACAGAAGUAGUGCAUCCAAGGCAUUAUUAAUGGAGUAUGGAAGAGAGUUUUCCGGCAUUGCAUUGGUUAUGGGAUGGCAUAUUAUCAAUUACGUGUUUCUGCAUCGCGCUAUUUUGGUUCAAAGAAAAAUGGAGGCCGGUGGGGCGUUCGUCGUAUUGGUCAUUGUUUUGGUUACGACGUCGUGGACUUGUUUCCGCCAAGAUUACUACAUGGUCAACGUUAACAGCAAUGGAACCGUGGAUCAUGGAAUGAUGCGACUGUAGUCCCGCGCACUUGAAAUUUGAUUCUUUUAAUGUGCUUUGUGUGUUCGAAACAUUUGUACGCAUAUACUCGUAUAUGCGCUCAAGGAUAAAUGUAUAUUCCGGUUCUUCAAAGCCAUUGCAAAUGUGUGGUCACGAUGGAACCAACGCAAUUUAGUCAAAACUCGUGCGUAUUGAUGCUGCCUACUUCUGGCGACUACAUGUGUGGUGCAGGGAUGGGUUACUGAGUAGACAGUAAGUAGCUGUACA